AUGAAGGUGUUUGGUUCGGAGACACUCAAGGCUUUUUUGUGCGAUGAGAAAUGCUUUGUUGUAAAUAGAAAGGAGGAGUCGAUCGAACGAACGAUUCAGUGUGCUUCUGAAGUAUUAAUGGGAGUGUUCUCGAUAGAUUCCAAAUAUCUCAUCCUAACAACCGUUUUAAAAACCUUGGAGGUUUAUUUGGUGGAAUCGGGAGAGCAGAUUGCGAAUAUAAAAUUGGAGAAGAAAUGUUCAGCUGUGCUUACUCAGCUUCACAAUGGGAAGGAAUAUCUGAUCAUUGGAGACAAAGUCGGUGAUGUGAUCGCUUUCGAUCUGCCUUCUCUCCAAAAGAAGACUUACUUGUUAGGUCAUUGUGCCACGGUGAUCACAGAUCUCGUUAGCUUUGGAAAUUAUCUAGCAUCGAGCGACCGUGAUGAAAAGGUGUUCAUUAACCACUUCCCUCAGACGUUCAACAUCCAGUCGAUUUGCGUUGGUCACAAGCAAUACGUUAGCUGUAUUGCGAAUGUAGCGGGCUCUCUCAUUUCUGGCAGUGCGGACGGAACUCUUCGCAAGUGGGACAUCGAAUCGGGAACUUGCCUCCAAACAUGGUAUUUAGACGAAUUGCUUAAAAUCGAAAGUGAAGAAGAAGUCUUGUUGAUUCCCUCCCAAAUCCUUCCUCUGCAAAAGACCCAGUUUGCUGUUAUUGUUGAAGAGUAG